AUGCUACUACAGCUGCUUGCUAACUGCAUUCCAGCCUGUGUGUUUCGGGUAAAUCUCUACUUAUAUCCCCUCCCGCCUUUGCCAAAAAGUGCCACAAUGUCUGUAUCGCCAUCACGUUCGAGCAGCACCAAGGUAGAAAGAGGCUCACCACCCGCAAUCCACUCUGAAGCAUUACAGUCGUCACUCUCUGGCAACAACGAAACCAGUUCAACCAGCUCCGGGACCAUCUCAACAACGACAGCACUCCAACACAAAGACGCCAUUCCAAUGCAAGCCCGCCGCAGCAUGGAAGACGAACUUCGCCCCGUUCCCUCUGGAUGGGUUAGGGAAUUUGAUCCAGACACGCAUCACCAGUUCUUCGUUGACACCAACUACAACCCCAACCCCAGAUCCAUCUGGCACCAUCCACAUGACGACUCCGAAUUUCUUUCGUCACUCAACGAAGCAGAGAAGGACAAGGUCCGUCUUCAAAUUUCCGAGACGGUUCUGGACAGCGCCGAUGACUUGUCUGACGAACCAACGGACGACUCUGGCUCUGACUCCAAGAGCAGUGACACCUCAGGAAAGCGCUCGUUAGCGAGAAAGCUGAAGGAUACACUUACUGGUACGACACAUGACGAGCGUGUCUCCGCACGGGCCGAGAGGGCUCUCAAGGAGAAAGAAAUGUACCGUCAACAUCGCAUCCUUCGCAGGGGGAUGGCCACCGCCAUGCACACCUCCCGCCCAGCGUUCUUGGGCAAGGACGAGAACAGGACGCACAUGUAUCUCGAGGCACCUGGUCACACAUUCCCAGGUGUGGCCGACGCCAAGCCGAUCAGUCCUUACCUCGACGAGAUCAUCUACGACGAGUCGGAAUAUGGCUAUAGCAAGCCAAAGGGCAGAUAUCUCAGACCAGGGUCCAAGAUGUAUGGGUUUGGUUAUGGGGGCUACGGCUGUGGGAAGUUUGCGGGUGGCAGGUGGUCUAAGCCUGAGCAAGAAUAUGAGGGAAGAGGGUUGGCAAGGUCAUGGACGAUGGCGAUGCCGGUUUUGGCAGGCAUGACAAUGGGGGCCCUGGGAGGAGUUCGCUAA